CUCCCGGAGCGUCUCCGACUAUCCCGGCGUGCCCGGCGGGAGGGUUGGGUUGUUUGUCCUUCAGCAGGUGCCGCUUGGACCUUUUCUGUCCCGCUGUCGUCAUGGCUGGGCCUUUAGGCCGUAAGGCCCUGGACUACCUCAGGAGCAAGGACUUCCGAGACUAUCUGAUGAGCACACAUUUUUGGGGCCCUGUUGCUAACUGGGGGCUACCCAUUGCUGCUUUCAAUGAUAUGAAGAAAACUCCAGAAAUUAUUAGCGGCAGGAUGACGUUUGCAUUGUGUUGCUACUCUUUGCUCUUUAUGCGGUUUGCAUACAAGGUACAGCCCAGAAAUUGGCUCUUGUUUGCCUGUCACUUCACGAAUGAAAGUGCACAGCUUGUUCAGGGAUGUCGGCUGAUCAAGCACAACGCUGAGAAGCGGAUGCACCAUUCUGAGUGAUGCCAGCCUAUGCCUCCUGAAGCACUUUUUCUUUAGUUCCAUAUAUCACCAACAAUGAUAUUUUUACGCACAAGAUUCCACAGAAAACACUUCGGAGCCUGGAUGUUUGAUUUUUUUCAAAGAUAUUUAAUCCCAACUGUGUGUUUUAUAAUAUAACACAUUGUUUUAUCAUCCCUUUCUAAAAUUGCCUUAAAUUAAAAUUUGCGAAAUAGCUAAUAUACAUGGAUUUCAUGACACAUUAUAUAUUUAUAUAUAUCUAACACCCCACAACUCCUCAUUUUAAAUGAACAACAACUGGUGCUCUUUAUCAAUAUGUAAUAAUUUUAGAAGAAAAUAUAUAUAUGGUCAUGAGCACUUCCUUGUAUUGCAGUCAACAUUUUGUUGGUAGAUCAAUGGCUUUUGCAGUGUCAAGCUGAAUUUAAGUGAUGUCGCAUAGUAAUACGUCAAUUAAAAGAUGUACAAUUAAUAGUCAA